GUUUCAUCAGCUUCAUGCCGCGGACACUAUUGCACUCAAUGCCGCAGUCGCCGCCUGUGAGCAGGGAGGAGAAUGGCAGGCUGCUCUGCAUCUUCUGUGGGCAGCCUCGCAGAUGGGCCCGGAAUUGGAUUUGCUCUCCUUCAAUUCGGCCCUCAGUGCCUGUGCAGCCUCCACGGCCUGGCUCCAUGCGCUGAAGCUGUUUGAGGUUGUGCGAGCCGCUGACCUCCAGGCAGAUGCCAUCACCUACAGCGCUGCCUUGACUGCCCAUGCGGCCACUUCCUCCUGGUGCGAAGCGCUGGCACUGUUUGCGGAGCUCCAUGCGUUGCAGCGUUCGGAUAGUGGCGUGGCCGCUGCCGCCAUGGCUGCCUGCGGUGCUGCCUCAGAGUGGGCCGCUGCUCUGAGGAUGCUCGAAGCCGAGGAAGCGGUCAGGGAGGUGGUGGACGAAAGUGUGAUGCGGGUGGCCUGCGCGGCAUGCUGUCAGGGUCGCCAAUGGCAGCGAGCUUGCUUGCUUGCCCUCACCCUGGCGGAGUUGUCCGCGCUCGUGGACUCUCAACUGUACAGCAUGAUCAUCGCUGCACAGAUGAACGCUGGAUGA